AUGGUUGUCAAGUGUGUCGCACACGAAGAAUCAAGAGCAAGGAAACAAUGUCCCGGGUACAAGGAUGACUUCGACCUAGUCUUCCGUAAUGUUACCAAAGCAACAGAACGAAGGGUCCAGAGAGCCAACAAGAAGGGAAAGCAAAAGAUGUCAGCAGGGAGUGAUGGCUCCAGCUCAGGAUCAGGCGCCCCAAGGUCAUAUUCAAGUCCAGGAGCAUCAUCGUCAUCAUCUAGCGUCGACAGGAAGCGGCACUUUUCUCUCACAUCUACGGCGCGGAAGGCAGUCAGGUCACCUUUCGAGCUUGCGGUCAUACCGGCCAUUCAAAUCCCCACCGAGACGCAGGCAUCAUGUCACUUUGUAUCCAACUUUGUGCUCAUUCCCCGCCAGGGAACAACGAGAGGGUUCAUGGACUAUCUGAUCCCACUCAUGAAAACCGAGACGAUGUCAUCGGCACCCCAUCUCCAGUUUGCUUUUAAUGCUUGUGCACUGGCUUCGCUGGGAAACAGAGUCAAGAGCGACGGGAUCGACUUUGUUGCGAGCGCACAUGGAGAGUAUGCAAAGGCCUUGAGAGCCACUCAGGCCGCAUUGGUGGAUCGAGUCAAGUGCACAUCUGAUUCGGUAUUGGCGACGGUGUUACUUUUGGCUGUUCAUCGCCGUGCGAACACAGCAGGCAAGGACAACAAGUUUGCAGACGGAUCAUCACACAAGAGUCUCCGCGCCGAAGUAACUCGCAUGAUGACGCACGGGAUUGCCGCGAGCGCCGCCGGUACCUCCCCUUCCUCUCCCUCCUCUCCUCGCUCAUCCUCAGCACAAUCCUCACCUUCUUCCACCUACGAACAACGAACCGCCCAAAUACUCUCCUUAAUGCGGCGCUCCCAAGACCUCGACCGCGCCAUCGUCGACUGGAUGGCCUGCCUUCCGCCGCACUGGCACUACCGCACCCUGUGCUGGCAAAACUACGUCGCCAACACCGACUACGCCCACGCCGAGGUAUUCCCGGGCCGCGUGGACGUGUACAAUGACGUUUGGAUCGCCUCGGUAUGGAAUAUGGCGCGCGUCACGCGGCUGAUUCUCGCUAGCAUCACAGUUCGCUGCGCGGCAUGGGCGUGUAGUCCCGUUGACUACCGGACCACCCCCGAGUACGCGCAUAGUGCCACGGUGUGUGCUGAGGUUAUUGGCGAUGUGCUAGCGAGCGUGCCGUAUCAUUUAGGAUGGCAUUAUCGGACGAAGAAGAGGAGGCAGCAGGGUCAGGGGAAGGGUCAGGAUCGUAGUAAUCGAAAUUGGAAUGAUCAUGAUCAUGAUGAUGAUGAGGAGGAGGGGGAGGAGGAGGAUGGCGAGGACGAUGAACAAAAAGAGGAACAGUUGUCUGGAUUUGGAUGUGGCGAGGACGAUGAUGGGAUAAAAGGACUGUCUGGGUACUUUUUAACGUGGCCGUUGGCAUGUGUCAUGGGGCAGGAUUAUUUGACGGAGGAUCAGAGGACGUGGGUGAGGGGGAGACUGAGGUAUAUCGGUCAGGAGCUGGGGAUCCGGUAUGCCAAUAUUCUGGCGCAGCUACAAGUACGCAUCCCGUCAAUGCUCAUCCGCCGCGACGGUCUUAUGGCCCAACCAUACCCCAAUGUCCAAGAUUUUCAAUCUCUUAUCUCCUUGGCGAGGAAUUCACCACCGAUCCAGCCGGGAUACUCGCUCAAUCCGAUACAGGAAAGAGAGAGGAUGCAAAUGGAGUUUAUGGAACUGAAGAAGAAAGAACUGCUGGCAAAAGCGACUGGUGUAGCAGGGAAGGGGGGACGAUACGAUGAGACCACGAAUAAGUCUGAGCGAAUAGGGAACAAUGACGCCAACAGCGAGGAGAGACGUGAAGAGGAGGAGAAGGUCAUGGUUGUUGCAAGAAAGUGGCUUACUGUUUGAAUGAGAGGACUUGGACGGAUUUUCCCGGGAAUUUGGG